AUGCAGAGUCGUGUGGCCUGUGGGAAGCCCGGUCAGCCCUGGAAGGCUGGGUAUGGGAAGGCUGGUUUGAUUAUUGCAAGGGAGCAGGUUAGCAGUAGGGCCUGCAACAAGGGGUUCACACUUGGGUAUGCCGGUGGUGGUGACGCCGGUGGUGGUGACGCCGGUGGUGGUUACGCCAGUGGUGGUUACGCCAGUGGUGGUUAUGCCAGUGGUGGUUAUGCCAGUGGUGGAAGACAGGCCGAGGUGGAAGGGGACAGAGAGGCAGCAGCUGGAACACCGGUUGCAACAGCAGCAAGAGGAGCGCUGGUCGUAACGGGUGCAGAGGAUGUGAGAGGAGCACAGGAUGUAGCCCGAGCGCUUGGCGAUGCAGCAAGUGCUCGUGGUGAUGUAGCAGGAGGGAAAGAUGCUGCAGCUGAUGAGCGGCUCAAAGGAGGAGUGAAGGAUACAGCAGGAAGGGGAAGUGCAGCAGGAGCAGGAGCACAGGUCGUAGCAGCAGCAGAACAGGUGCAGGCUGUGGCAGCGCAGGCUGUAGCAGACGCGCAGACUGCAGCAGAAAAUGAUGCAGGAACGGGGGUCCAUGCUGUAGCAGCAGGAGCAGGAGCAACCAAAGCGAGGGCUGGACCGGAAGGGCAGGCCGCAACAGCAGGGCUGGGGGAAAUGGAGCGAAAGGGCCGGGUUGUAGAAGAAUCAAGGGAUGGCGGUGGGUGGUUGUGCGAGCCGUGGUAUACUGUCCUCACCACCACACGCAUCUCAGUCCUUGGCAUCUCCACACUGCCUGUCUCCUCCUCAGCAGCUGCAACCGCCUCUCUGGAAUUCAAUGUUCUGGUACUAGCAGGGCCGGCUCUGAAUGUGGCCUUUGAGUUGGUUGUGGUCCCAACGCCUUGA